AUGAGGAAUAUGAUCUUCGCUAAUAUGGCUGCGGCAGAUACCAGGAAACUGGGAGCAACCAUAGAUAUGGAGACCACCCCAAUAAAAUUCUUGGGUCAUUUCGCCAUCAGGUUAGUAGACUGUGGGGGACAAGACUCGUAUAUGCACAACGUCUUGUCGAUGCCUGCCCGGAAUCGAAGCUCAGUUUUCUCUCAGAUCGGUUGUCUGCUAUACGUGUUUGAUGUGGAGAGUCCAGAUUUUUCAACCAUAGAUAUGAUUUGGUUCUCGAGAGUGAUUUUGGCGAUCUUAGAAACGCUUAGUGAAUCAGAGAAGUAUGGUAGAAUUGAAUGGUGA